AUGGCUCCCCCAGCUUUACGUCCUGAGAACGCCAUUAAGAGAGCUGAAGAGCUUAUCUCAGUAGGCGAAUCCCAAGCUGCUUUACAAUCACUUUAUGAUUUCAUUACAGCCAGAAGAAUCCGUUGGGCUGCUCCAGCUUCCGUUGAGCCAAUUGUCUUCAAGUUCUUGGAAUUAGGUGUUGAAUUGAAGAAAGGGAAGAUGUUGAAAGAUGGUCUUCAUCAAUAUAAAAAGUUGAUCCAAGGUACUCCAGAAGGUUUAGUUUCUGUUGGUGCUGUUGCACGUAAAUACGUCGAUGUUGUUGAGAUCAAGAUGGCUGCUGAACAAGCCAAAGAAGAUAAAAAAAUUGAAGUCGAUGAUGAUUUAGAAGGUGGUGUUACUCCUGAAAAUUUGCUGAUCUCUGCAUCUGAAGAAGAUCAAUCAGUUGGUGGGUUUAAUGACGAAGCUAUCACUUCAUGGACCAAGUUUACUUGGGAAGCUUAUCGUUCUGUUUUGGAUCUUUUGAGAAAUAAUUCCCACUUAGAAAUCACUUACUCAGGUGUUGUUAGCAGAACUAUGCAAUUUUGUUUAAAACAUAACCGUAAGAAUGAAUUCAAGAGAUUAGCUGAAAUGUUACGUCAACAUUUAGACGCUGCUAACUAUCAACAAAACAAAAGUGGUAGCAAUAUUAUUGACUUGAACGAUUCUGCUACUUUACAACGUUACUUAGAUCAACGUUUCAACCAAGUUACAGUUUCUGUUAAAUUAGAAUUAUGGCACGAAGCUUUCAGAUCCGUUGAAGAUGUUUAUCAUUUAAUGAAGAUGUCCAAGGCUCCUCCAAAAAAAUCUGUUUUGGCCAAAUACUAUGAAAAUCUUGUUAAAAUUUUCUUCGUUUCAGGCGACCAAUUGUUACAUACUACCGCAUGGAAGAAAUUCUAUCAAAUCUACUCUACCAAUCCGAACGCUACUGAAGAUGACUUCAAGACAUAUGCCUCUACCAUCUUACUCUCUGCCCUAUCUAUUAAAUUAGAUGAGGUUCCAUCUGUCGGAUAUGAUUCUCAACAACGUCUCUACCGUUUACUAGGCCUAGAAUCUAAGCCUACUAGGAAAGAAGUCAUUGCUUCUAUUUUAGAAAGUGACAUUGGUAGUCAUGUUGAUCCAACAGUCAAGCAAUUUUACGAAUUAUUAGAAAUCAAUUACAACGUUGGUACUAUCAAGGAAGAUUUAGCCAAGUUAUUGCCUCAACUAGAAUCUAAACCAUAUUUCAAACAAUAUGUUCAAUCUUUGAGGGAUAUUCUUGUUAGAAAAAUCUUUGUUAGCGCUUCAACUGCAUAUACUACUGUGAAGAUUGACGAAUUAUAUGAAUUAGCUACUCUACCAGCUCCUUUCGAUUUAACUUACUGGAAUCUCGAAAGAGCAUUAUUGGAAGCUGCUAUUGAUGAUUAUGUUUCCUUUUCUAUUGACUAUGCUACCUCUUCAAUUACUUUCGUUAAAGAUCCAUUGGAAGUCUUUUCAGUUGCUGCUGAACCAGAACGUGUCGAAGAAGAAGAGCAACAAGAAGAAGCUGAAACUGAAGAAGGAGAAGAAAUUGAACCAGCUGAAGUAGAAGCUGAAGCUGAAGUUGAACCAGAACAACCUGUUGUUACCCGUAACAGUUAUAUCCGUAACAGAUUAGCUGAAUUAUCUGACUUGUUACAUGAAGUUGAAAGUUUCAAUGAAAUGUCAUAUAUGGAAAAGGUCAAACUAGCUCGUGAAAAUUUGAUUAAACAAAAUAGAGAUACCAUUGAAAGAAUUAAAUCAUCUGCUGAAGAACGUGCUAAGAAAUCACACGAACAAAAGAAGAAAUAUAUGGAAUCUGCUGCUAUGUAUGCUGAACAAAAUGCUGAAUUGAAAACUCAACGUAUUAUGGAAGAAAGAGCCGCCAUGGAAGCUAAAUUGGAAGAAGAAGCUCAUCGUCGUUUGGUUGAAAAGAAGAAGCGUGAACUUGAAAAUUUAAAGGCAGCAGAAGUCAAAAAAUUCAUUGAUGAAGUUAACGAAAAGGGUCAUGUUUACAUUGAUCCAAAUGAAGUUAAGGGUUUAGAAUUGAAACAAUUGAGAGAUUUAGUUGUUGGUCAAUUGUCAAAGGGUAAAGAAGAAUUGGAGGAACGUAUGAAUUUUGCUAUCAAGAAAUUAGAUUACACUGAAAGAGCUAUCAGAAAGACUGAACUACCUAUCUUACAAAAGGAAGCUGAUGCUAUGAGGGAUGCUGAUCUUGUCAAAUAUGAUGCUAUGAAAAAGAAGAUUGUUGAUGCUGCUAAAGCUGAACAUGAUGCUAAAUUGCAAGAUCAUGAACGUUUAGUUCAAGUUUACGAUGACUAUACUGCCUUGAAGGAACGUUUAGUUUCUGCUAAUGAUGAGAAGAUGCGUUCAAUCCGUGAGGAAAAGCAAAAUCAACUUGAAGCUGCGAAGAAGGCCAGAAUUGAGGAAGUACGUAAACAACGUUACGAAGAAGCCGUUGCUAAACGUAAGAUUGAUAUUGAAAAUGCUGCAAGAGCCAAACAUCAAGCCCAACAAGAUGAAAUUCUACGUAAACAAAGAGAAAUUGAAGAAAAACUUGCACGCAAAGAUGCUCAAUCUGCUCCAAUUGCCGCCAGUGCUCCAGUUGUUGCUAGCGGUGAAUCUAAACCAAUGUCUUUUGCUGAAAAAUUGAGAGCCAAGAAAGAAGCUCAAAGAGCUGCAGGCGGUGAAAGUCCCUCAGUUCCAUCACCAUCUCCAGCUCCUGUUUCUUCUCCUGUUCCAGCUGCUGCUCCAGUUGCAAGUUCUCCAGCACCAACUAAAUCAGCUCCAAAGACCAAGGCUGAUCUUGAUGAAAUUGCACGUAAGCAAAGAGAAAUGGAGGAAGCUAUUGAAAAGAAACUAUCUGGUGGUAGAUCUCCUGCUCCAACCCCAGCAGCUCAAACCAGUUCGGCCAGUCCUACUCCAACUGCUGAUUCAGGUAAAUUAUCUUUUGCUGAAAAGAUGAAGUUAAGAAGAGCUGGUAAGAAAUAA